AUAAAAAAAAUUGACAGUUUGACACAAUAUUUUUUGUCGUGUUUUGCUCGUAAACAUUACUUAUUUACAUUGUACAAAAAUAAUUAUUACAUGUAAUCAUUAAAUAAUAGCUAAUAUGAGUCAAAUGUGUCGCGCAUGUCUUACAACUAAAGAAACAUUCAGUUAUUUUCUGUUUGAGAAUGUAUCUGCCGAAGACUUUUGCUUCUGUACUUCCAUUGAGGUUCAAGAAAAUGAGGAUCUCCCGAAAACGCUAUGCAAUCCGUGCUAUGAGUUAUUAAUGAAAUACACCGAAUUUAAAAAGACUUGCAUAGAAUCUCAGAAUACUUUGCACAGCCUGAAGAAUGAUUUCAAACACGAACCUGGAGAUAGUAAUUUGUACUGUGAAAAUAUAUUUCUUAAUGAUGAAAAAAAGAAUAUUGCAAUCGAUGUGUACAGCGGCAUAAAGUUAGAGGACGAGUCCGACCACUUGGCUGAUGAUUUUUUACAAACAGUGGAAUUUUGUGAUAAGACAGUGUUGAAUAGUGAAGUCAAGCCAAAUAAAAGGAAAAGUAAAAAGCUUAAACGUUUAAUAGGCCACAAAAGGAAAGAAGUCAAAUUAAAAAUAACAAGAAAACACUUUUUAUUCUCCUGUGAGUUGUGCCACAAGAAGUUCAACUAUAGAGAACGAUUUGAGGCUCACAAAUUAGAACACGAAGGUAAAACGACCUCUAUAGUAUGCCUGCCAUGUAACAAAACCUUCAUGACGUGGAGUGGGCUGAGGAGGCACAAUGAGAAUGAACACACUAAGAUAAAUCUGGAGAAGCUCAAAUGUACCGUCUGUGGAAAACUUUCCAAAAGUCGCCAAACUUUGAAAACCCAUGAAAAGAUUCAUGGAGAACGGUCACUCUUGGUGUGUGAUGUGUGUGGGAAGGGAUUUACGACUGCUGUUAUUCUUAAGACUCAUUUAGAAACUCACAAAGAGAACAGAGAAAGAAGAUUCACAUGCGAACAGUGUGGGAAGAAGUUCUUCACGCAAUCAAUACUCCUGUCCCACGUGUCGCGACGGCACACUGGCCGCAGGUUCAUCUGCCAAAUCUGCAGCUACCCUUUCACUAAUAAGUAUAAUUUGGCCAAACAUUUGCUCAUACACGAGGGAAAGAAGUUGCAUAAAUGUGACGUUUGUGACAAAUCCUACGCUACACAUUCGAGUUUAGUGGAACACAAGAGAAUACAUUCCGGAGAGAGACCGUACAGUUGUUCGUACUGUCCAAAGGGUUUUGUAUCUAAGAAGGGACUGAAUGAGCAUGUUAGAACGCAUACAGGCGAGAGGCCGUACAAGUGUAGUGUGUGCGAGCAAGGGUUCUCACAGAGUGGGUCUUUGAGAAGACAUUUGAAAAUACAUGAUAGGAUGGUCGCUACGCUGAAUUAGACUUGAACCUGCCGCCUUCUCAGGUGAUUGUAGCUUCAAGUUGUUUAGAUGCAGUUCAUACUCUGCUUAAAGAUGGGGUCCAAGGAGGUAAAAAAAUAUAUUUUGUGGAUUGAAGAAUUCAGUUUAGAAAGCACUGAACUAUGACAGUAUCAGCUUGGCAAGUGUGAGAUCUAACUCAUAACAUGAGACAAUUAUUCACAUGAUUAAAUAAUAUUUAAAGAAAGAAUUUUAUAACACAAAGGACGUUAAGUGGAUGUAAACGUUUUUUAUAAGGUACACUAGAAAAUAAAAAAAUGUAUAAGUUUUA